CCGAUCCUUACCUUGUCCUGCGAUCCCCCGAUCCUUACCUUGUCCUGCGAUCACCCAAUCCUUACCUUGUCCUGUGAUCCCUCAAUCCUUACUUUGUCCUGCGAUCCCCCGAUCCUUACCUUGUCCUGCGAUCCCCCUGAUCCUUACCUUCUCCAGCGAUCCCCCCCGAUCCUUACCUUGUCCUGCAAUCCCCCCGAUCAUUACUUUCUCCAGCGAUCCCCUGUACUGAAUGGGGGAUCAGCAGAACUGGGG